AUGGUGAAGAUGAAGAAGUUUCUUGCAGCUUUGAGCCUGUUGGCCCCUACCAAUGCCGGUCUUUUGCGCUUUGGAUGCGCACAAUCGUCAGUUCAGCGUCUGGAUCCUCUGGUUAAUCCAGGUUCCAAUCCAUCUCCACAUCUUCACCAGAUUAUUGGUGGCAACUCGUUCAACGUGACUAUGGACCCGACCCAAGGUCAUGACAUUGCGAAGCUCUCCACAUGCACGACCUGCCAGUUCACCGAGGACCUAAGUAACUACUGGACCGCGGUGGUCUACUUCAAAGCGAAGAACGGCACCUACAAGCGCGUACCCCAACGUGCUCAACAAGGCAUGGAAGGCACAAACGGCGGCAUGGUCGUAUACUACAUGAAUGACGCCCUCUUCAGCACAACCCAAACCACCAAAGUCAGCGCCUUUAAGCCCGGCUUCCGAAUGCUCAUCGGCGAAGUCACAUACCGCACCCGCAAUGAAUCGCGCGCCUUCCGCCAACUAACCUACACAUGCAUGCAGACCGAAGCAACGCGAGAACCCGAAACCCUCGACUUUCCCAAGAAACCCUGUCCAGCGGGUAUCAUGAUCAACCACCGUUUCCCCACCUGCUGGGACGGCGUGAACCUCGACUCCCCCAACCACCGCGACCACGUCUCAUACCCGGAGACGGGGACAUUUGAAAACGGCGGCCGGUGCCCGGAUAGCCACCCUGUUCGCAUCCCGCAGAUUCUGCUGGAGACGGUGUGGGAUACCAAGGCGUUUAACAAUGUGGCCGAGUGGCCGAGUGAUGGCAGCCAGCCUUUUCUGUGGUCGAGUGGGGAUCAGACGGGGUUCUCCACGCAUGCGGAUUAUUUGUUUGGGUGGAAGGAUGAUUCAUUGCAGAAGGCUAUGGAUGGGAACAAUUAUGUGACUGCACCUACGCUGAAGACGCAGAGUAUUGAGAAGCAGAAUGAGUGUAAGGUCAAGGACAUGGUGGGGGAGAGGUUUGACGGUUGGUUGGCGGCGUUGCCGGGAGGUAUGCAGGUUGACUGA